AUGACCCUCCGCCGUUUCGAGCUGCGCCUCUUCGCGCUGCUGCUGUGCGCAAACGGGCUGCUCUCCGUGCGCCGGGCGCGGCAGGACCUCGUCCCCGCGGACAGCGCCGCCACCUUGGCCUUCGUGUUCGAUGUCACGGGCUCCAUGUACGACGACCUCCAGCAGGUGGUGGACGGAGCCUCGCGGAUCCUGGAAAAGACUCUGAGUCGCAGAACGAGAGUGAUCGAGAACUUCGUCUUGGUGCCCUUCCACGAUCCAGACAUUGGACCGGUAUCCGUCACCACCGACCCGAAGCAGUUUCAGCGUGACCUUCAAGAGCUGUUUGUGCAGGGCGGAGGAGACUGUCCUGAAAUGAGCAUUGGGGCCAUCAAGAAGGCUCUGGAGGUGACCCUACCGGGCUCAUUCAUCUACGUCUUUACAGACGCCAGAGCCAAAGACUACCGCUUGAAACGGGAUGUCCUGCAGCUGGUGCAGCUCCGGCAGUCGCAGGUGGUGUUUGUCCUGACAGGCGAUUGCGGUGACCGUUCCCAUCCUGGAUACAGAGCCUAUGAAGAGAUUGCUGCCACCAGCUCUGGGCAGAUCUUCCAUCUGGACAAACAGCAGGUCAACGAGGUUCUCAAGUGGGUGGAGGAAACUGUGCAAGCUAUGAAGGUCCACCUGCUCUCCACAGACCAUGAGAAUGCAGAGGAGAAUGAGUGGGACGUGCCCUUUGACCCCAAUCUGAAGGAGGUCACGGUGUCACUCAGUGGGCCUGCUCCGCAGAUCGAGCUGAAAGAUCCCUUCGGGCGCCAAGUAGGAGAGGCCCAGGGCCUCCGAGAACUCCUUAAUAUUCCAAACUCUGCUCGUGUGGUGAACGUGAAGUACCCCCGACCUGGAACCUGGAAGCUUAAGGUGGGCUGCAGCGGGCGGCACACACUUAGGGUCACCGGGGUCAGCAACCUGGAUUUCCGGGCGGGUUUCUCCACUGUGCCGGUGUCCGAGUUCAACAACACGCGGGAGCGCCCUGUUCAAGGUGUCCCAGCCCACGUCCUGCUGAAAUGCACGGGUCUCGCCCCUCCGGGCUUCGUGAGCCAAGCGGAGUUGGUGUCUGCUGCCGGACGCUCCUUGCGGUCCUUCCCCAUCCCUGUGCCUGCAGACAGGGGUAGUCGAGGGCUCUGGAACAUCCCGGAGUUUCGCACCCCCGCCGAGCCGUUCUUCAUCAGAGUGUCUGGCAGGGAUGCUGACGGCUAUAGGUUCCAGAGGCUGUCCAGCGUCUCCUACACAAACCUCAUUCCAGGGCCCCCGCUAGUGAGCAUGCCCAGUAUGACCACAGGCUUCUAUAUGCAGCCUGCAGUGGUUGCGUGUUCUGUGGAGAGCGACAUCCCCUAUAGGCUGAGGAUCUCGAGGAGCGAGGUCAGGCUGCUGGAGGACGAAUCUGUCCAGUCUUCUGGCAAAGCAUUGUGGGAAAUCCCACAUGCCUCCGCAGAGGACGAGGGCCUGUAUGAGUGCGUGGCAGAGAGCAGCGCGGGGCAGGGACGGGCUGAGACUCGGCUGAUAAUAAGAGAGCCUCCUCCAGUGCUUACGCCCCCUGGCAACGUGACCUCGCUGCCAGGUUCGCGGGCAGUGCUCACCUGCCUGGUGGAAGGCUUCAUGCGGCACAACUUGACGUGGCGCCGGGCAGGGCGUGGCCUGGGGCAGGCAGCAAGCACAGGGAGGGUGCGGAUGCUGCGGAACUCCUCCCUGGAGAUCGCCGCCGUCGGGCCCCAGGACGCAGGGGAGUACCAGUGCGUGGCCACUAACACCCAAGGGGAGAGCAGAGCCACGGUGUGGCUUUUUGUCCCAGAGGCCCCAUCUGUGAUGGUUACCCCCCAGAGCCAGAGUUUCUCCCACGGAGCAGAGGUUAGCUUCAACUGCACGGCAUUGGGAUCUCCCAGUCCGCAGGUGUUCUGGAGUCGUAGAAACGUGUUCCUCACGAACAGGCACAGAGUGUCUGUGUCUAAACAUGGAACCCUGAUCAUCAGAGGGGCCACCCCAGAGGAUGCUGGGAACUACACCUGCCUGGCAUCCAAUUAUGCCGGAACAGCCAUGCAAACAGUCUCCCUUGGUUAUGCAGAGCCCCCCAGUGUCUUGGCCGUGAGACGAACUGUCCUUGUGGCCAGCGGGGAUGAUGCUACCCUAGAGUGUCACACCACUGGGGUCCCACCACCUCUGGUAUCUUGGUUCAAAGAUGACCUUCCAGUUGGGUCGCUGCCCUUGGCCAAGCAGGAUGGGAAUCUUGCCACCCUACGGCUGCCCAGGGUCCAGGAGGUGGAUGCAGGACAGUACAGCUGUGUGGCCAGCAGUUUGGCAGGAACAUCCAGCGCCGUGGUCUUUUUGGAGGUUGGAGUUGCCCCCCAGUUCUCAGUCCACCCGCAGGAUGUCACCGUAAACGUGGGGGAGAACGUGACCUUGCCUUGCUCCGCUCGUGGUUUUCCGGUCCCCAGGGUAGCAUGGAGUCGUGCCGAUGGCCAGUUGGUCUUCACCAGGCCUGACGGUCACACCAGUGCUGUUCAGGUGGAUACGGGGUCCCUUCUGAUCCAUAGUGCGUGGUUGGACGAUGAAGGCCUGUACAUCUGCAAGGCCCACAACCAGUUUGGAUCCAUACAGGCCGAGGCCCGGCUGUCUGUCACCGGAUUGGAGCCCCCUCUUUUGGCUCAAGGUGCAACAUUACUCACCACUGUGAUUGGUCAGUCACUGUCCAUUCCUUGCAUGCUUCUGGAUGGUAUUCCGCUACCGGAAAGGCAGUGGGAACGCAAUGGAAAGCAGGUGCAGUUUAACAACAGGAUCUUCCCCCGGAGUGAUGGCAGCCUGCAUAUCAACAAGGCCGUCCCAGGGGAUGCAGGGGUCUAUGUCUGUACUGCGAUCAACGUGGCAGGAUCAGUGAACAUAUCCAUUACCGUCCAAGUACAUGUUCCCCCAGAGAUCAAGCCCGGCCCACUGCAUUACAUCGCCAACGAGGGCGAGUCCAUCAUCCUGUCCUGUGAGGCCAGCGGACACCCCAGCCCAGAAGUCGCCUGGUCCAAGGGACGGGAGACGUUGCCGAGGUUCGGGCCGAGCGCGGACGGCGAGCUUCAUAUCCCCAGCCCUAGAGCGGAGGACGCUGGUGUGUACGUGUGCACGGCCUCCAGCCCGGCAGGGUUUGCUAGCCGGGAGACGCAGCUCAGCGUGAACACAAAGCCAGUAAUUGUAGACAGAGGUGGACCAGACGCUACAGUCACAGUAACUGCUGACGUGGGGUCAGAGGUCAUCCUUCCCUGUGAGGUCCAGGGCAGUCCUACUCCUCUGGUGACAUGGAUCCGAGACGGCCGCCCCAUCCCUGUGGUCUCAACGUGGUUCAUGGUGCUGCCCUCCGGAUCUCUCAAGAUCAGCGACGUCAGGCUCAUUGAUAGUAAACGUUACACCUGCUCUGCGGUCAACCCGGCAGGGAAUGUCUCCCUCACCUACGAUUUACACGUUCAAGCCAAGCCCAGGAUCCAAACUGGACCUUCGCUGGUCAAGGCUGUGAUCGGCCAGGCGGUGACCCUCCCUUGUGGGGCGCAUGGUGAACCUGUUCCAGUCAUCAUCUGGUACCGCAACGGUGUGCGCCUAGAAGGUGGUGGGCAUUACUGGAUCCAGAGCGUGAGCCAUCAGGAUCGGGGUACCUACCGGUGCGAGGCCGAGAACAGCGCCGGGCGGGACGCCAAGGAGAUCAUGCUGGAGGUCCUGGAGGCCCCCUUUUUUGUCGAUGCUGGAAGAGAUGUCAUAGAAGCAGUGGCCAACAGCAAGGUGGUGAUCCCUUGCUUUGCUGAAGGUUCCCCCCAGCCUAAGAUCCGGUGGUUUAGGAAUGGCCUGGAGAUCCGUCCUGAUCAGCCGGAGCUCGGCGUCUCCAUGACUCAGAACGGCUCGCUCUCGAUUGGCGCCGCGUCCUCGAGCCACGGCGGAGCCUUCCGAUGCGUGGCCACCAACGAAGCGGGCUCCGCCGAGAAGACAACCCGGCUGAAAGUGAACGUUCCCCCGGAGAUCCAGGAUAACGCUCUCCCUGUGAACCUCACGGUCACCCUCCACCAGCCCCUCACCCUUUCGUGCGAUGCCUUUGGUAUUCCCACCCCCACUAUUGCCUGGGCUAAAGAUGGCCAACCCGUGAUGGGCGGCCCCGGGAUGUACCUGCAGAAUGGGAAACGGCUGCUGAGGAUACUGCGUGUGCAGACAGAGCACUCGGGCCAGUUCUCCUGCAUGGCCGCAAACACUGCCGGAGAGGCCAGGAGGAACUACAACAUCGUGGUUCAAGCUCCGCCUGUGAUCUCGGGUUCCUCCGGGGUGCAGGAGUUGGUGGCCACGGUUGGCCAGGAGGUGGCACUACAGUGCCGGGUCAGCGGUCACCCAGUGCCCCAUGUGGAGUGGACCCGCGACGGAGAGGUUCUGUCUCGGAACGGGGACCCCCACGUGGAGUUCUCGGAGCAGGACCAGGUGAUGAAGGUGAAGUCAGCCAGGCUCAGGGACCAGGGCGUGUAUCAGUGCGUGGCAGCCAACAGCGCGGGCACUCGGAUGCGCCAGUUCCGUCUCACCGUCCAGGCUCCCCCUACCAUCAGGGGCUCCAGCGAGUCCUCGGAGGUGUCCGUGGUGCUCGGCUUCCCUGCUGCACUGCUGUGUGAGGCUGAAGGCAUCCCCACCCCCGCCCUCACCUGGCUCAAGGACAGCCGGCCGCUCGUGUCCAGCACGCGACUGGUGUACGCCAACGGUGGACGGACCCUACAGAUGGGCACGGUGCGUGGAGACGAUGCCGGGCUGUACACCUGCCGUGCCGCCAACCCUGCUGGAACUGCCCACAAGCAUUACACCCUGACCGUGCUGGUGCCCCCCCAGAUUGAAGGAUACCACGACAGAACCCUCACUUCUGGCACCAAGGAGGCGAAAGUCCGGGUCGGCGGAACCGUGGUUCUGUCCUGCCUGUCCAAAGGAUUCCCCGAACCUACCGUCCAGUGGUUCAGAGACGGACAGCCACUAGGGGGUGCCUAUCGCACAGGACUGCGGGUGGAUGGACACAGCCUUCGCAUCGAGAAUGCCACUCUCUCCCACGAGGGACAGUACACCUGCGUUGUGUCCAAUGCCGCUGGAGAGGACAAGCAGGACUUCCACAUCACAGUCCAAGUGCCGCCUGUCUUCCAUCGAGUGAAUAACAGGCAGGCAGCCUGGGGUCUAGGAGAGGAAGAUGAGGAGGAUGAGGGCGAGGAGCUCACAGAGAGACAUGAGGUGCUGCUGGGCCACCCGGUCAGCCUCUCGUGCGAGAGCAACGCCAUCCCGCCUCCCGACGUCACCUGGUACUACCAGGACCGCAAGCUAUCUACAGGGGACGGAGUGGUGCUGUUGCCCGGGGGACAGGCGCUGCAGAUCCCACGAGUGCGUAAAGAGGAUGCUGGGAAAUACACCUGCCGGGCGGUGAACGAGGCCGGCGAAGACCGCAUGCACUUUGAGCUGGAGGUGCUGGUACCCCCAGUGCUCACAGGCCAGACGGAGGACUUUGUGGAGGAGGUGAGCAUUGUGGUCAAUGGCACGAUCUCACUGCGGUGCAACGUUUCGGGGACCCCCUCGCCAGCUGUCUCCUGGCUGCGAGACGGGCUCCCCUUUCCUGCGGGGGAGCGACAUCGCCUCCUGGAGAACGGACAGGUCUUGGAGAUCCUCAGCGUGCAGGUGUCCGACAUGGCCGGCUACCAGUGUGUGGCGGAGAACAGGGCCGGAACCGUGGAGAGACUCUUCAGCCUGACGGUUCAGGUUCCCCCCAUGAUUGUGGGUGAGAGAGAAGAGCAGACCAGUGUGAUCGAGGGUCACAUGGUGUCCCUGUUGUGUGAUGUCCAAGCCUACCCACCCCCUGAGAUCACCUGGACCAGGGACGGGCAGACCCUGCAGUUCAGUGCUGGCAUCCACGUCCUGCCAGGGGGGCAAAUGCUCCAGCUGCCCAGAGCCAGAGUGCGGGAUGCAGGGCAAUAUGUGUGCACAGCCACCAACUCCGCCGGGCAGGACCAGAAGAGCAUCGAGCUCAGCGUCUACGUGCCACCUUCCCUGAAGCAACGCGCCGAUUCUGAGGCUGAGGUUAUGACCCCUCAGGUGGGCUCUUCCAUCUCGCUGCACUGUGAUGCCCAAGGGGCGCCGGAGCCCGAGGUCACGUGGUACCGCAAUGGACUCCAGCUGGUCCCGGGAAACGGGGUCACCAUGGAGAGCGGCCUCCUCGAGAUGAAGGGAGUGCAGGUGGGGGACAGUGGCAUCUAUACCUGCAAGGUGUCUAACAUCGCUGGCCAAGUGGACCGGAGCUUCCGUCUCACUGUCCACGUGGCCCCCGUUCUGGAGGACCCGCUCCAGGAGACCCUCGUGCACAACGUCGGCUCCCACGUGGUGCUGCCGUGUGAAGCUGCCGGAGUCCCAGCGCCCACCAUCACCUGGCUGAAGGACGGAGCCCCUCUGGAGAGUCACGCGGGGUGGAAGUGGGUGUUGCGAGGAAGGCGCCUGGAGCUCGGCCCCCUGCAGCCCUCGCACGCCGGAACGUACGCCUGCGUGGCCAAGAACCAAGAGGGAGAGACGCGCAAGGAGUACAGCCUGAUGGUGCAGGUAUCUCCCACCAUCCAGGGUUCGGGUCGUGCUUCCGACAUCAGCGCCCCCCUGGGCGAGGAGGUGUCGCUGGAGUGCCGCGCAGCUGGGACCCCCCCGCCCCAGCUCACUUGGCUGAAGGACGGAGCGGCGCUGGACGUUUCCGACACGCAACGCUUACGCUUGUCUCCCGAUGGAAGUACUCUCACGCUGCUAGCCUUGGGACCAGCCGACUCCGGGAUGUACAUCUGUGUGGCGGUCAGCGCCGCCGGCCAGGAGAGCAAGGUCUACACUCUCUCGGUUCUGGUGCCUCCAUCCAUACAGGGUGACGCAGAUUUACCGCAGGAGGUGCAGGUGGCCGUGGGUGGCAUGGUGACACUGGAGUGCCGGGCAGGGGGCAACCCUCCACCCCAGAUAACCUGGCUGAAAAACGGGCACCCGCUGCUGCUCUCUCCCCGUGCCCGCCUGCUGUCCACCGACACGCUCCUCAGGAUUUCUCCGGUGCAGCUGUCCGACUCGGGGACGUACACCUGCGUGGCGCACAGCCGGGUGGGUCGGGCCGAGCUCAGCUACGACCUCCAGGUCCAAGUGCCACCUGGCGAGGUGCCUUCGGAGCCCGCGGAACAGCUCACGGUGGUCCGCGGCUCUCUGGUGACGCUGACCUGCGAGGCGCGGGGCCUCCCGCCGCCCUCGCUGUCCUGGCUGAAGGACGGACAGCCGCUGUCUCUGCACCGCAACGUGCUGCUGGACGGCCAGGAGACGCGGCUCCGCCUCACCGCCGUGGCCCCCCGAGAUGCUGGUCUCUACAGCUGCGUGGCCAGCAACGCGGCCGGGAGCAGCACCAAGAACUUCAACCUCACCGUCCUGGAUCCUCCCGAGAUUUCCAGCUCAGGUUCCCCCGAGGACGUAUCCGUCCCCGUGAACAGCCUCCUGGAGCUCGAGUGCACGGCCCAGGGGGUUCCCCCACCGACCCUCAGCUGGCUGAAGGAUGGCCGUCCCCUGGAGGGCGCCGCCGUGCUGCAGAGAGAUGGGCAGCUGCUGAGGAUCAGCAAGGUGCAGGUGGAGGAUGCUGGUCUGUACACCUGCCUGGCCAGUAGUCCUGCCGGGGAGGAUGGGAAGAACCACUGGGUUAGAGUUCAGGUGCCUCCUACCUUGCUUGGCACCGGGGAUGUCAGGACCGUGAACGUAGCAACCAAUGGUCACCUGACCCUGGAGUGCCAGUCAGACAGUGACCCUGCUCCUGACAUCGAGUGGUUCAAGGAUGAUGUCAAACUCCAGUUGGGUGGGCGCAUCCAGAGCUUAGCAGGGGGUCAAUUCCUGGAGGUCCAGGACGUGAAGCCCCAGGACAGCGGCCAGUACAGCUGUGUGGUGUCCAACAUGGCAGGGAGCACCAGCUUGUCCUUCAAAGUACAGGUUCUUUCUCCACCAGUGAUCAGAUCUGGCCUGUCGAUGGUCACGGCUCAUGUCGAUCAAGCAGCGGUCCUGCCUUGCGAGGCUGACGGGCUUCCGGUGCCGUCGAUCACGUGGAAGAAGGACGGCGGUCCUCUACCACUCGAUGGGGGCAGGUUCACCGUUUCACCAGAGGGCUCGUUACGAAUUGGGGCGGCACAACCUCUUGAUGCCGGACGGUAUUAUUGCGUGGCCACUAACCUGGCCGGUUCGGACCACCAUGGGAUGGACCUGCGUGUAUUCGUGGGCCCAUCCAUUGACCCUGGCCCCUUCAACGUGACCGCCACAAUGGGAGCGAGGGCGGUCCUCAGCUGUGAGACUGCAGGCAUUCCAACUCCCACAGUGUCCUGGAGAAGGAACGGGAUCCCCCUUGACCUUUCACCUCAGUCCGAGUUCUACAGGUUGCUGUCUUCUGGGUCCCUGGUCAUCACUUCCACCUCCAGUCAAGACGAAGGCUAUUUUGAAUGCACAGCAGCCAAUGAGGUUGGAGAGGAGCGCAGGGUCAUCGAGGUCAUCUUGCAAGUUCCUCCAUCUAUUGAAGAUGACGUCACUUCAGUCACUGCAGUGAAGAUGUCCCCUGUGGUCCUGCCCUGCCAUGUGCUGGGGCAUCCCGAACCCAGGAUCAGUUGGACCAAGGGUGGGGCGCAGCUGAGCUCCCGGGGCGGGACCUAUCGAGUCCUGCCAACAGGAGCACUGGAGAUCACAGCAGCGACACCCAGCCACACGGGCAGAUACACCUGUUCUGCCCGCAACCCGGCUGGUGUGGCGCAUAAACACAUCACCCUCAGUGUACAAGAGCCCCCAGAAGUGCGGCCUAUGGCAGAGGAAGUGAAAGUGAUGUUGCAUCAUGGGAUUGUUCUGCCCUGUGAUGUUCACGGCUUCCCCAGACCUUCCAUCACAUGGCAGCGGGAGGGUGUACCUCUAGUUACGGGUCACAGGAUCGUCUCCCUGCCCAGCGGAGGGCUGCAGAUCUCACGGGUCACCCUGGGUGACGCGGGCACCUACCAGUGCCUGGCACGGAACGAGGCGGGUACAGCGGUGAGGAACACCCGGCUCGUCGUACAAGUCCCUCCCGUGCUCACCGCGCCACAUUCGGAGGUUACGGCUGUGCUCGGCCAGCCGGCCAGCCUGCGGUGCGAGGCGGAUGGGCAGCCUCCGCCCGAGGUGUCAUGGCAACGGGACCGGCGGCCAGUAGUGGAGGGGGAUCGCCUGCGGGUUUUCGCCAACGGGACACUGCGGAUCGCUGCCGCGCAGCGUGCCGACGGCGCCCUCUACACCUGCUCCGCCAGGAACGCCGCAGGCCGCACCAGCGCCGACAUCCGACUGGUCGUUCACGUUCCUCCCAUGAUUCCACCGGGCCAGCCGGAGCUGUCGGUCAUCCAGGGAUUCCAGGCCCUGUUGCCGUGUGCGGCGCAAGGUUCGCCCGAACCCAGAGUGACCUGGGAGAAGGACGGCGUGGUGUUGGUGGACCGUCUGGGAAAAUUCACCAUGCUGCGCUCGGGGGAGCUGAUCAUCGAGAGGGCGGAGCCAGGUGAUGCAGGCACGUACACCUGCGUGGCGACUAACGUGGCCGGUGCGGCCCGACAAAAGACCCGCCUGUCGGUGAACCGGCGACCCGCCUUCAAAGAGCUGCCCGGUGAUGCGACCCUGAACGUGGGCGAGCGGCUGAGCCUGUCCUGUCAUGCCCAGGGCACACCCCCGCCCGUCAUCACAUGGACCGUCAACAACAGCCCUUUCCCAGGGUCCAGUGCGGACGAAGCUGGCCGGAGCUCCCUGGUCAUCGAGAACGUGACAGUGGGAGACGCGGGGACCUACGUCUGCAUGGCAGAGAACAGCGUGGGAGUCAUCCGUGCCCUCUCCUUCGUCCACGUCAGAGAGCCGCCGCUCCUUUUGGGGGAGGCCCGCACCACUCAGACGGUACCCCUAGGGGCCGUGGCCAUUCUGGACUGCGCGGUGCGAGGAAACCCUGUCCUUACACGUCUCUGGAGCCGGGAUGGGCGCCCCCUGUCGAGCACCCUGCGGAUGCACACCAUGCGCAAUGGCUCCCUGGCUAUCUAUAGUGCAGCGAGUGCGGAUUCAGGGGACUACCAUUGCGUGGUGGAGAGUGAUGCCGGGUCAGCGGAACGGACGGUCUCUCUCCGAGUCCAAGUUCCAGGAGGAUAUUCCAGCUGGGGAGAGUGGGGUCCCUGCAGCGCCUCCUGUGGACAGGGGGUCCAGGAGCGAGUGAGACUGUGCGACAACCCACCCCCAGCCAACGGGGGGCCUCCCUGUGCAGGGCGGAGCGCUGAAUCGAGGAACUGCCGAGUUGCGCUCUGCCCAGGGGAGGUGCCCCGGAGAGCCCGCGGCAGCCUGAUCGGGAUGGUGAACGAGGCCGAGUUCGGGGUGGCCUUCCUGGAGGCCAACGUGACUGAGAACCCGGAUCAGGGCAGCAGUAGGCUGGAUGCCCAUGUGGACAACGUCCCCGCCAGCGUGGGUCCUUUGCUGCGGGUGCUGGUCUCCGUUUUCGCACCCAUCUACUGGACCACCGUGUGGCAGAGCGCCGACACCCGCAACGGCUUCUCUCUGACCCGGGGCCAGUUCCGGCAGGAGUCCCAGCUGGAGUUCGGCUCAGGGGAGGUCCUGCGAAUGACCCAUGUGGUCCGCGGCCUGGAUGCGGAGGGCGUUCUCCUGGUGGACGUCGUCCUCAACGGGUUCGUCCCCCAGACCCUGUCCGAGGUGCCCCUCCGUCUGCAGGAUUUCGAUGAGUCCUACGUGCAGACGGGCACCGGUCAGCUCUACGCCUGGUCUUCCCAGAGCCACCAGCAGGGCGGCGCUCCUCUUCUUCUGCGCUGCAACCACUCCCUUGUCUAUGACGGGGGUCCCGAGCGUGAGGGGCCCGUACUGCAGAUGCUGAGGGUCUCUGGCAUCCGGGGGGUCUACAACCGCUUCAGCAUGAGCCUGGACUUCCAGCUGACGGCCUCCUUGAUCGUACCCGAUGGCGAUGGGAACAGAUGUCCCAAAGGGUUCGUCCUGGACUCAGCUUCAUACUGUGCAGAUGAAGACGAGUGCACCAGCCAGACACCCUGCUCCCACUCGUGCAACAACAUCAUGGGCGGCUUCUCCUGCGCUUGUCCCUCUGGGUUCACGCUGUCCCCCGUGUCCAACACCUGCCAAGACAUCGACGAAUGCGCCGACGGGUCUCACAUGUGCCACUACAACCAGCAGUGUGUGAACACAGCGGGGAGCUACCGGUGCCAGGCUCAGUGCGGUCUGGGGUUCAAGCCAAGCGCCUUGGGAACGAGCUGUGAAGAUGCGGACGAGUGUCAGGAGUCCUCGGUGUCACCGUGCCAGCAGCAGUGUAUCAACAUGGCGGGCUCCUUCCGAUGCGCUUGUCACCCGGGGUACCAGGCGUCGGGACUGCGCUGCUUAGAUAUCAACGAGUGCACCAGGAACGUGUGUCCUGCCCACCAGCAGUGCCGCAACACGGACGGGGGCUACGAGUGCUUCGAAGGCUGUCCGGCCGGUAUGACCCAGACCGAGGACGGAGCCUGCGUAGAUGUGGACGAGUGCCAGGAUGGGAGUCAUGUGUGUCGCUACAAUCAGGUGUGCCGGAACACAGUCGGGGGCUACGGCUGCACGUGUCCCAGAGGUUACAGGUCGCAAGGCGUGGGCCAGCCGUGCCUCGACAUCGACGAGUGCCGGCAAGUACCAAGCCCGUGUGCCCACCAGUGCCAGAACCUUCCAGGCAGCUUCCGGUGCCUUUGCCCCCCAGGCACCACCCUUCUGGGUGAUGGACGUUCCUGCGCCGGGCUGGAGAGGGGUCGGGCUCCUGCCAACCGUACCCGUGUUCUGGCGCGGCUCCGCCCGCAGCUCGUUGCUGGACUGACCCGACUCUCUGUCCAACCGGAGCAGCACGGCACCCUCCUGGGCAGGGGACUGACUUGCCCCAUGGGGUACAGCAACAAGGACGGCACAUGCGUGGAUGUGGAUGAAUGCAGGCUGAGGAGGCCCUGCCAGCACGAGUGCCGAAACACACUUGGAAGUUUCCAGUGCCUGUGCCCCCCAGGAUACCAGCUGCUCCCCAACGGCAGAACCUGCAAAGACAUCGACGAGUGUGCGGUGCAGCGUGUUCAGUGUGGUCCAAACCAGAUGUGCUUCAACACCAGAGGGAGCUACCAGUGCCUGGACACUCCAUGCCCUGCAUCCUAUCAGCGAGGAGGCAGUCCCGGGACAUGCUAUAGGACAUGUUCGCUGGACUGCGCCCCUAGCAGCGCCCCGCUCCUCCUGCAGUACAAGCUGCUGACCCUACCCCUGGGCAUCCCAGCCAGUCACAGCGUGAUUCGCCUCUCCGCCUUUUCCGAGGCCGGCAGGCUGCAGGAGCGCACCACCUUCACCAUCCUGGAGCAGGGCGGGGCCGGAGGCGGGGUCGACGGACCGCUCUUUGGGAUCCGCGAUGAGGCCGGGCGGGGCAUCAUCUUCACGGUGCGGCCGCUGGACACACCGGGGCUGGCGCGCAUACGCGUGCAGGCGACCACACUCUCCGAGCAGGGUCACAUCACCUACCAGAGCAUCUUCAUCAUCUACAUCUCCAUCUCCAGCUACCCGUUCUGAGGAGGCAUGGAGAGGCUGGCCUGCCUUCCGAGUUUCAUCCGCAGUCCCUGCACCCCAUGCCAGCACCUCCUCUCACAAGUACGCAGGGUAAACCUGGCAAAAGGAAAAUGUGGAGGGAGAUUUUUUGAGAAGCAUCCUGAUCACCUGUUUCCUAUGACUGCCUCUAAACUUCUAGUUAUUUCCAGGCAAGAAGAUGAUAACUGAAAACCUUCAAACCAUGUACUGUGCAUCGAAUCGGUCAUGUUGCAACAGUGCUCUGUACAUAAACACAAACAAGUCGGCAUGGACAUUGCUUAAAUUAAUGGCAAAAUGUUGUUUUGCCUUUUUUUUUUUUUUUUUUUCCUGUUUUCAGAGGGACUCCCCCUAUUAGUGGUUCAUUGAAUUCUGCUAAACUAAUCAAGGGCUCAAGACUGAACUGUUGCAGUAGAAUUUCUUCAACAUUUGUGUUAAUUCAGAAAAACAGCGGGUUUACAUUUCCGCUAAGUGAUGCCAACAAAGUGAGCGCAAGCUUUAAUAGAAUAAAAACAGAAUGAGAUUUUAGAUUUUUUUUAAAUUAGUUUUUUCUUCCUUAGGUAAAAUGUGUCAUGAUAAUACUGUAAUGUAAAAAUAUUUUCUCCAGGAUCAGAUGUAAAUGGAUAUUCAGCAAAAUGUAUUUUGACUGUAUU